UGUAGUCGUCACGUCUCUCUGCGCGCGCGCCCCGCCUCCCGCAUUGGUUCGCGUGCGCGCGCAUGGUACGCCGCUUAACGUACGGGGGCGGGGCCAACGUCCUGCUGCAGCUGUCCAUGGUUGGUGGGAGGUUGGAGCCACACACACACAUACACACACACACACACAGUCACAGAGGCUACACGAGAGAUGCAGCCAUAGUCACGAGACGCCGUCCGUCCUGACUUCGUCGCUACACGGCCACCGCUCGUUGUUCGUCUCGCACUUUGGUCUCGUGGAAGCCUGUGGACGUGAGGCAUCAUGGCUGAGCAUCAGAGGCAGCGCUCUCUAUCCACCGCUGGUGAGUCACUCUACCACGUGCUGGGAGUGGAAAAGAUUGCCACAAAUGAUGACAUCAAACGCUCCUACAGGAAACUGGCGUUGAAGUUUCACCCUGACAAGAAUCCUGACAAUCCCGAAGCAGCAGAUAAGUUCAAGGAGAUAAACAAUGCCCACGCCAUUCUCAAUGACCCCACGAAGCGCAACAUUUACGACAAAUACGGCUCGCUGGGACUGUACGUGGCCGAGCAGUUUGGAGAGGAGAAUGUCAACACUUACUUUGUCCUCUCCAGCUGGGGGGCAAAGGCGCUGUUUGUGUUGUGCGGCCUGGCCACCGGCUGUUACUUCUGCUGCUGCCUGUGCUGCUGCUGCAACUGCUGCUGCGGACGAUGUAAACCUCGGCCACGGGAGGGCCAGGAGCAAGAUUUUUAUGUGUCCCCGGAGGACCUCGAGGCUCAGUUGCAAUCUGACGAGAGAGAAGCGGGAGGCGAGCCCAUCAUGCUUCAGCCCACAGCAACAGAGACCACCCAGCUGACGUCGGACGGCCACUACUCCUACCACACCGACACCGGCUUCAACUAAGCGGCCGCACCCAUCCGUCCGUUCGUCCGUCCCUCCUCGCCUCGGUUCCACCUGCUCCCCUGCAACACCUCCGCGAUGGGAAAGAAUCCAUCUUUCACCAGGAAGGCCCAUGCAGAGGACAGGGACGAGUCAGCAUGGUCCAUCAAAGGAACUAUUCAACCCUUACAACCCCGUCCCUCUAUUUAUUUCACCAGAGUAUGACCAGAAAUUAUUACAUUUUGAUUUCUUUUCCAUUUUGUCCCCACGUCCCUCCAGUCCCGCAUUGUGUGUUAUUGUGUAGCAUGCAGCAUAUUUCCUCUUUGGCAACAUUUUGACUCUUCCGUGCAAUAUGUCCACAUGAAUACGACGUGCAGUGUGAGAGCGGUGAGGCUCCUGGCGGCAUUGCGCUCACAGGCCGCGGGAAAUUUGUGGCUGCCGUCUUGAAUUCACUCUCAUUUAUUUGAACGUCACCACAGUAUCGGGGACGUCUUGUCAUUUGGUCACCUACGCCUGAGGAAUGUUGUCAUAUCAGCAACCGUGUCUCUUUUUUUUACCAAAAGAUUGAAAGAGAAGGUCACCAUGUUAUGAAGAACAUUACAUUCAUCCUGUUGUGUAGGAAUUCCGAUGACUGCAAAAGCUUCUUUUAUUUUUCAUUUUUUGGGGAGGAAUAUAACUGUCAUCUUGUUUUGAAGUCCAUGUGUUUGGAAGUGCGAUAUCUGUGAUCAUUGUUGACUUGUUUAUAUGGCUGCAACUAUCAAUUAUUUUAACAAUUGAUGAAUCGGAUAGAAAACAUUUUUGAUCAUAUCCAUCCCUCUACUAUUAAAAAAAUAUAUACAUUAUCUCAAAUUGAAAGUGUAGAUAAUGAUUCAGUUACUAGUGUGAUCUGUAGCAUUCAUCAGAAAGUCUGUGAAAAUGUUCUCCAAAGUAAAAGCUGAUGUUUGCAAAGUCACAUUUUGAUAGCUGGUCCGCUUUCAUGAAAGACGACAGCAAUUGGAGAAUAUUUGCCAUUGAGAGGUUGAAAUUCCAAGGGUUUGGACCAUUUCCAGUUAAGCAAGUUCUCGAAACAAUUAAUCGCUUAUCAAAAUAGUUGUGGAUUCAUUUGAUUAUUGAUGAGUUGUCAAAGAAUCAUUUAAUUGUUGGCACCUCUAAUCCUUUGAAUCUGCACAGCUAGCGCGGAACAGGGUCACUCAGCCAGAAUCAAUUUUUUUGGCACACUGCAUCAUUUGGAUUUGCAUGUAUGGCCACACAUUUGCAAAUCUCCCACGACAGCGUUUAUUUUUUGAUUUGCCACUCGGCUCGUCAUAUUUUCCGAUGGUUUACAAGCGCUGAGUUGCGUGCGACUGUCCACCCUCUGCUAUUAACAGUAUGGAUGUUUCAUAUGAUGUUUCCUGUAAGUAACCCCUUGAUGAAACAUACUGUAGAUGUGCCCGUCCCAUGGCUUUUUUCAUUGAGAUUCUGAAAAUGCUACUGUACAUGUUGUAAGUUGAAUGCACUCAAAGAAAAAAAAAAUCCAACAGAUGCGCGAUUGGGAGAUAACUCCAGCAAAAGAAGACAGCAUUGAGUGCAACUGUAGUGCAUUGGUUUUCUGAUAAAUCCACGGAGGCUAGUUCAUGUUAUACUUUGUGGUGGGAAAAUCAUUUUAACUGGUGCAGUGUUGUAUUGUAAACGUUCAGUUGUGCGGGGAGACUUUUAAUGGGCUUCAGGUUGGUUGUACAUACGGGCAGCCUUGAAACACUCAAGUACAGUACAAGAAACCUUUAUGUUGUAGCAUGGUUAUCGUGUGUCUGGAAGAAAACAUGUGGAUCAUUGAUCUCAAUUUGCUGUUGGUGAAUAAAUGUUCCUAAACA